UUUGCGGUUUCUCGUACCGAUAGAGGAAAAGGAAAAAUCUACAAUGGAGCAACAAUGACAUCUAAUAUAUAUAAUCCAAAAGUGAAAUUUCCACAAUUCAGUUCUACUCGUAUACACAUACAGAUUGGAAACGAUUUUAUUCAAGCUGGUUGGACUGUGGGUCAAAAUCAAUGUUAUAAUACCAUGUGUCCAGUUGGGAUCACAAUGGUCCGUUCAGAUUUUCCUCUUGGCUUAGUUGAAAUUAGUAAUGUUCGCGGUUCUUCAACAAUUUCUUUUGAGACAUUUGGCUUACUCAAGGAUAAAAUAAAUGAUAACGGGUGGCUUGAGGUUGCAAAAGAAAAAAUUGGGUUUUGGCCAGCAAAACUAUUUCAACAAACCUCGGCCAACAAUGUCGAGUGGGGAGGAGAAGUAUAUAGUGCAUCUAUGCCAAUUCCCCAAAUGGGGUGUGGUUAUAUUCCAGUUGGACGCGUAAGAUACGAUUCCAUUUUAUGUAAUAUAACUUUAAUUGAUGAGAAUUUUAAUGUUGAUGAUCUGGUAAAGAAUAGACAGGCAUUCUCAGAUAUUCGUGGUUAUAAGGUAGUAAAUGAUAUAUAUUCAGAUAUACCGGUCAAUAAUAUCGUAUAUUAUGGAGGUCCUGGACAUAACUGAAAAGAUAAAAUAUUAUUUUUAUAAAAUUAAUAGAUAAAUUCCAUUGAAACAACUUGUAAUCAAACAUCUUACAUCAA